UUCGUUCCUGGGUCGCCAUGCAGGUCAUGAUGGAUCACGGAGUCAAGCUCCCCGACUGCGCCCCCGAUUGACCAGCGCAAUGUGUGCGGCGCCCUCUCUUACCCUCUCUUACCCCUUUUCCAUCGUUGUGGCCAGGUCAGCAAGAUCAUUAUCAUCCACGCGAGUAUGGGACUGCACCGGCUCGUGCCCUGGUGGCCCCUGCCAGCCUACCCGGGCCAGACCUCUUCGUUCCCUGCCCCUUCUGGAAGCAACGAAUGCAUGCUGUUGGCGGUCUCAUCGUCGUGCCCCCCGCGACUUGUUUACCGCAAAGCGCGCUUCCUACGACAACCCACCCGACGGGAAAUGCUGGCUGUCCACAAGCCGCAUCACAACUGUUUGUAUCCAAGUGAACAACGAUACAUCCUCCAAGAGGCCAAGCCCGCAGCUGUCGAGGGUGUGGGGAACAUGCCGAUGGGCCCUGAGGCACCCGAUGGCGCGCCCGUGCGUCACGGCACAGGCCCCCGCCACCGCGUAAACCUAGCUCGUGGGAAAUAGGGGACGUUGAGAGCUGCUCUGUAGGUUCAGGUACUCUCGGCUCUGGAAUCAUUGCCGACCGGACACGGCUGGCCUAGAGAACAUAUGCUGCGAGGCAGCGCUCCGUUCGCGAUUCUCAUGCUGGUGCGCAUAUCAACGACAAGACUCGCUUUGGG